AUGGUGGACUACUACGAGGUGCUGGGCGUGCCCCGCCAGGCCUCGUCCGAGGCCAUCAAGAGGGCGUACCGCAAGCUGGCGCUCAAGUGGCACCCCGACAAAAACCCCGAGAACAAGGAGGAGGCGGAGAGGCGGUUCAAGCAGGUGGCCCAGGCCUACGAGGUGUUGUCAGACGCCACGAAGAGGGACGUCUACGACCGCUACGGCGAGGCCGGAGUGGAGGACUGCGGCGGGGGCGGCGGGGGCGGUGGGCUUUUCCGCGACCCCUUCGAGCACGUCUUCACCUUCCGCGACCCGGCCGAGGUCUUCAGGGAGUUCUUCGGCGGCCGGGACCCAUUUUCCUUUGACUUCUUUGGAGACCCGCUGGGGAACCUUGUGGGCGGUCGGAGGAGCUCCCGGAGAAGCAGAAGCAGGGAGACCGCGCCCUUCUUCACCGCCUUCAGUGGAUUUCCAGCAUUUGGGGGUGGUGUUUCUUCUUUUGAUACAGGAUUUAGCUCCUUUGCUUCCCUGGGGAAUGGAGGCCUUUCUUCCUUCACCAUGUCUUAUGGUAGUGGUGGGACCGGCAACUUCAAAUCCAUGUCGACUUCCACCGAAAUCGUCAAUGGCAAAAAAAUCACCACCAAGAGAAUCAUUGAGAAUGGCCAAGAAAGGGUGGAGGUGGAAGAAGACGGAGAGUUAAAGUCCCUGGUCAUAAACGGCAGAGAGCAGUUGCUACACAUUGACGCCAAAUAAUUCCAGUCCAAGUUGAAUUCAAAAAACAUUGUGAGGAGCAGCAGGACUUUUUUUUUUUUUUGAAGAUUGCAAGUGCACUCUACUUU